CAUCGAUAUUCAUGCUCAGGAAUCAGUUAUGGAAGAAUAUUUUGUAGUGCUUAUUUUCUGUUGCUGUGUUCCAUUGUCUGUUUCAUCAAAAGAGACAAUGAGAAGUCAACCCCGUUAUGAGAUGCCAUCUUCGCUGUUUGCUGGAAUGAUGCCACCGUUUCCUCCACUACCAUUUCCAGACUAUCCUUUCCCAAUGCCACCUCUGGAAGGAUAUCCACCUGCUCCACCACAGUCUCCAGAAGGAUACAGUGGAGGAUUCGACACUAGCAGGUACAACUACGACGCCACAGGCAGCCUAGCUAGGGAGGUGCUCAAGGAGGUCCACGUCACAGAGGAGGAGUUCCUCAACACUCACCGGUACUUCAUGUUGGAGUCGCCUACAGCCAAGGCCAUCGCCGAGUAUCUAGGCAAGGUGGGACAAGCCAAGGAACAGGGCGGAGACCAGUGUGUGGCUAAUGGUGAGGAGACUGACAUCAACAAGUACAGGGCACUACAUGCUGAGGUUGUUUGGAAUUGCGAAUCAGGAUGGAAAAGAAAUGAAACCGUGGUAAAGGCAACUAAAUCUCUCUUAGAAGCCAUCGAUGCUCUAGACAAGCAGGCGAGUGAGGGACUGAAAGACUGCAAGCAAGGUCAACCCUGCUACGGUCAGUUCAAGCAGACGACGCUAGCUGCCUCCAUAGACAAACAGCUGCAGGCACUCAGUACUAAUCAGCUGAUCGAUCUGAAGGUACUCGCUGUUCAGGACAGUGUCAACUCUAUGUACAGACUGUACAAGUGUGUCGCUGACAAUAGUGAUUCUGUCAGGGAGAAGAUCUACACUGACAUCGCCAAGAUUAACGUCUGCUUGUCCAAUGUUGGGCUGGUAACACCUAUGGCAUAACCGACUGCUAGGGUUAAUUUGAAAUAAAAUCAUGUUUGCAAUGGAUCAAUGAAUAAAA